GCGUAAAAAGCGGCGCUUUUCAUGCACGCUAAAACACCGUUAAACACGGCGUCAUUGACGGAUUUUCGCACAUUUUUUACGGUGUUUGUAAUCACAAUGGCGUAUUUUGCGGCGCAAAUACUGUUUAAAAUGCCGUAUUUGACGGCGUUAGAUUGUAAACGCGAUUAAUCUAUAGCGUAAUUCUGACCCUUUUGGCUUGCGAUAUGCAGAAGAGAUGUCAUGCGUGUGCGCGGGUUUAAAAUUAGCUCGUGGGCUCCCGUUUCCUCGUGUGUAGAUCUGUUAUCCUCUCGCGGAAGUGAUUUACUGCGCGCGCAAGCAUCAGUUGUGCGCUCGGUCAUUACUGGUAUUAUAAUGCCGCCAUAGAUUAACUAAAAUUUAUUGUUGAGAAAGAGACCAAGUAUCUUACUGAAAAUCUACAUUUUAAAAUCACUAUGCAAUGAAAAUAUAUUUAAACUACUUUGAUUUUGUCCAUGAUAGGGUGGAAAUAUUUUGUGGUUUGCUCAUACAUUGUCUGCUUACAGUUAAUUUACAAAAAGUGCUGGAGCUUGACCAACAUGCAUUUCUAGCAAGGUCUCCUUAAUACAACAAAUAUGACGUUAAAUGGAAAAUCUCAACUUUUUAUUUGGGAAAUUGUGAAGUUUCAAAGGCACUUUAUUUGACCCCCUCCUCCAAACAUCAGGAUUUAUUAAUUAUUUAAGGUGUCUUAAUAAUUUCUGUCCUUCCCUCUUGAUGCAGUUUGACCAUUUCAGUAAAAGCGGUCCAAAAUGCAAUUAAGUUUUUAUAGCAGGAAAAAUAAAUAAAAACUGUUAAUCUGAUUCUUUCAGGUUUAUGUCACACCAAUCUUCCACAUUUGCGCUGUGGUGCUGAACGCGCUGGAAAUUAAUAUUUUUUAAAUAAAGUCGUAAAUUGUUUUUUGCUCAAACAAAGCACUCGAGUCGCUUCAUGAAACUGUGGUUAAACCACUGGAGUCACAUGGAGUAGCCUACUUUAAUGAUGUCUAUAUAUGAGGGAGAAAUCGUACAGACUUCAUUAAAAUGAUCUUCAUUUGUGUUCUGAAGAUGAACGAAAGUCUUACUGGCGACAUGAGGAGUCAGUGGAGGAGAUCAAACUCAUCAGAUUCUUCUGCAGCUUCAUCAUGGGUGAUUCACAAGGAUCCAGAGAUGGAGAUUUUUCUCCAGGAUGCAGUUCAGUCCAGCAGAAGAGCUCAAACCCAGAGUCCAGCUGUGUGUCUGUGAAGAGUAACUGCUCUAUGGAUCUGCCAAUGAAGUUUAAGAGUGGAAACACACAGCCUGAUCCCAGGUCAAAUCUUUUAUCCAGUCCAGUUAAAAACAAAACUGUGAACAUGCCUGUGAUUCAACCACAAGACUUUAAUGAAAGCAUGAAUCCUGGUUUCAGCCAUGACUCUAAACCUGAGGUCUUAAACACACUGAGAUCAAAUCUGAGAAAGAAGUUUGAGUGUCUGUAUGAGGGAAUAUCAAAGCAGGGAAACCCAACACUCCUGAAUGAGAUCUACACAGAGCUCUACAUCACAGAGAGUGAAAGUGGAGAGAUCAGUAAUGAGCAUGAGGUGAGACAGAUUGAGACACAGUCCAGGAGAGCAGAAACAGAGGACACACCGAUCAAAUACUGUGACAUCUUUAGACCUUUACCUGGACAAGACAAACCCAUCAGAACUGUGCUGACAAAGGGAGUCGCUGGCAUUGGAAAAACAGUCUCAGUGCAGAAGUUCAUCCUGGACUGGGCUGAAGGGAAAGAGAAUCAGGACAUCCAGCUCAUAUUUCCACUUCCAUUCAGAGAGCUCAACUUGAUGAAGGACAAAACACUCAGUCUUUCAGAUCUUCUUCAUGUCUUUUUCCCUGAAACAAAAGAAAUGGAAAUAUCCAGUGAUAAGUAUAAAGUUUCCUUCAUCUUUGAUGGUCUGGAUGAGUGUCGUCUGUCUCUGGAUUUUCAGAGCGAUGUGAGGUUGUGUGAUGUGACUGAAUCAGCCUCAGUGGACGUGCUGCUGACGAACCUCAUUGCGGGGAAUCUGCUUCCCUCUGCUCUCAUCUGGAUCACCUCCAGACCAGCAGCAGCUGAUCUCAUCCCCUCUGAGUGUGUCCAUCGAGUGACAGAGGUACGAGGCUUCAAUGAGCCACAGAAGGAGGAAUACUUCAGGAAGAGAAUCAGUGAUCAGAGUCUGGCCAACAGGAUCAUCUCACACCUGGAGUCAUCAAGGAGCCUCUUUAUUAUGUGUCACAUCCCAGUGUUCUGCUGGAUCUCAGCCACUGUUCUAGAGAAGAUGUUGAGGAAAUCGUGGAAAGGAAAGAUUCCCAAGACUCUGACUCAAAUGUACACACACUUCCUGAUCCUUCAGACCAACAUCAAACAUGAGAAGGACUAUGAGAAGAAAGUGAAAGAUGAAGACAUGAUUGUCAAACUGGGGAAACUGGCAUUUCAGCAGCUUGUGAAAGGCAACCUGAUCUUCUAUGAGGAAGACCUGAGAGAGUGUGGCAUUGAUGUGACAGAAGCAUCAGUGUACUCAGGAUUGUGCACUCAGAUCUUCAGAGAGGAGUUGGGCUUGUAUCAGGGGAAAGUCUUCUGCUUUGUUCAUCUGAGCAUUCAGGAACAUCUAGCAGCUCUAUAUGUGCAUCUCUCCUUUAUGAACAAGAACAUCAAUGUGUUUGACCAGAUUACCAAACCAACUAAAGCCUCACUAUCUGACCUCCAUCAGAGAGCUGUGGAUGAGGCUUUAGACAGUAAAAAUGGGCAUCUGGGCCUUUUCCUCCGCUUCCUUCUGGGUCUGUCAGUGAAGUCUAGUCAGAGUCUCUUACAAGAACUAAUGACACAGACAGGAAACAGCUCUCACAACAAUGAGAAAACAGUUCACUAUAUCAAAGAGAAGAUAAGUGAGAAUCCCUCUCCAGAUAAAUACAUCAAUCUGUUUCACUGUCUGAAUGAACUGGGUGAUCUUUCACUAGUGAAUGAAGCUCAACCUCGUAUGAGCUCUAGAGGAUUACGCACUGUGAAACUCUCCUCAUCUCAGUGGUCAGCUUUAGUUUUUGUGUUUUUGACCUCAGAGCGGACAAUGCAGGAGUUUAUCCUGAGCAGCUUAAUUGGAGCCAAAAAUGAUCAUGACGCAGUAAAUACAGCAGAUGAAGUUCUUCAGAAGCUGCUGCCUGUGGUUACAGCAACUAGAUCAGCUGUGUUGAGUGAUUGUGGUGUCACAGAUGAAGGUUGUGCUGCUCUGACUUCAGCUCUAAGAUUAAACCCCUCACACCUAAGAAAACUGAAUAUGUCUGGGAAUAAUCUAGGAGACUCUGGAGUGAAGCUAUUUUCUACUGUACUGGAGAAUCCUCACUGCAAACUGGAGUAUCUGGGGUUCUGGGAUUGUGGUGUCACAGAUGAAGGUUGUGCUGCUCUGACUUCGGCUCUGAGAUCAAACCCCUCACACCUGAGAUAUCUGAAUCUGUCUUUGAAUAAUCUAGGAGAUUUGGGAGUAAAGCUGUUGUCUGCCAUACUGGAGAAUCCUCACUGUAAACUGCAGGAUCUGUGGUUGUGGGAUUGUGGUGUCACAGGUGAAGGUUGUGCUCCUCUGGCUUCAGCUCUGAGAUCAAACCCCUCACACCUGAGACUACUGGAUCUGUCUGGGAAUAAACUUGGAGACUCAGGAGCGAAGGUGAUUUCUGCUGUACUGGAGAAUCCUUACUGUAAACUGGAGGAUCUGUGGUUGAGUAAGUGUGGUGUCACAGAUGAAGGUUGUGCUGCUCUGGCUUCAGCUUUGAGAUCAAACCCCUCACACCUGAGAAAACUGCAUCUGACUGGGAAUAAACUAGGAGACUCGGGAGUGAAGCUGCUUUCUGCUGUACUGGAGAAUCCUCACUGUAAACUGGAGACAUUGAGGUUGAGGGAUUGUGGUGUCACAGAUGAAGGUUGUGCUGCUCUGGCUUCAGCUCUGAGAUCAAACCCCUCACACCUGAGGGAACUGAGUCUGUCUGAGAAUAAACUUGGAGACUCAGGAAUGAAGCUGCUCUUUGAUCUGAAGGAUGAUCCACAUUAUAAACUGGAAACACUAUGCACAUGACAGUCUGAUCUCCUCAUGACCAUUUGAUGGUAAAUAAGGAUCCACUACAGAGACUCAUGGUCAACAGAAUCAACAGACUGAAGAUACAGUGACUUCACUGUUAUAAAUUAAGAUUUCAACAAUCCUCUGACAGACCUGAUUAGAUAGCAGUGAAGAACCUUUUAUUUCAGAGCAACAAAUUACAGUUUCUCAUUCGUUUUUUCCCCCAGUUUUCAUGAGCUGUACUCAAAGAUCUAAGACUUUUUCUAUG